UGUGAGUUUGUUCUUUUUUUUAUUGUAGAGAUCUCAUUUUGGGAUCUUGGAAAGUUUGAAAGAUAUCUCUUUUGGGGAAUUUGUGGACUUAAACCAAACCUUUUGGUGGAUAACUUGUUUUGGGAAUCUACUCCAUGAGGAGGUCAGUGAGUCACGCCCAGUUGAUGCACGACAAGGGCCGGUCUCUGGAGGAGUUCAAGAGACGGCUCUGGCUCCAAGGGCUACUAGAUAAAGUCCACACAGCCGACAGCGAGCGAGCCCCGCCUCCCCAGAGUAGGAACAACGCCAACGGGGGCCACAUCACCUUCAGCGGGAGCGCCCUACGCCCCCCGAAACCCCCCGGAGGGACCAAGAACCUCCCUCUGAGUUUCCAGCUGGGAGGGGAGGUGGGCAACCUCCCCCAGGAGACCAACAAGUCUGUGGCCUACAAGGACCAGCCGCUGAAGGUGUCCACCAAGAGGAAAAAGAAGGUGAAGGGAGAGAGAGGGAGACGGAGGGAGAGCGAGAAGAGGAGACGGCGGGCUCGCGACACAACCCUUAUCAUGACAUGGGAGACACAUAGGGAGUCACAGAGGACGCUAGACAGACCACAUCAUGUAGCCUUUGGGUGGCGCUGAACUAAUAACUCUGACAGGCAGAGAAGUUCCUGCAUGACUGAUUGAGAUCUCAACGACUCGCAAGCAAAUAACUGAAACAGUCUCCCCAUACCAUAGUGGACAUUGUUCUUUGCCUUUCUUGUUUUAAUCAGCUGCUUUUUCUAUUUUCUAUUUUUGGCCUUGAUAUAAAGUACUUUUAUAUAUCCA